GUAGUCGAAGAAGAAGAAGAAAAACUCGAGAGAAGUUGCAUUUGCGAAACAAUGGAAUAAUUUAAACGUUUUACAUCGUCUAGAGAGAGAUAAAAAGAGAGGGUGGGUCCCUCGCAUACCUUCUGUGAUCAAUCUCGUGAUCUCUCGCUGCUGAGGGUCGUUGACAGGGCUGCACCAGAAUGAGGACCUCCUCGCUUCCUUCUCCUCCACAUCCUACACCCCUUCUUAUGUCCAGCUCUUCUCCAAGUGGCUGUGCAGAACUCGACCUGUCUGUCACACUCAGCCCCACCCCCAACACUGGCCAGUCAGAGAUGAAGCCCAGCCCCCCAGGACAUACCAGAGGAAAGAAUAAGGAACAGGUGUGUUUUGGAGAGUCAGUGGUCGUCAGAGAUGCCCCACAGACGCAGCCCAUUAGAGGUCAGCUGUGGAGGAGAGGAUGUUACCAUGGUAAUGUUAGAGCCCUUAGGCAGUCAGUGGAGCCUACAGCUGAAACAUCAAAUCAGGAACUUGACUGCCUGGAGAUGGUGGAGUUAAACACGACUCUGGCUCUGAAGGCAGAGUUUCAUAGACUGCAGGCUGUGGAGUUUAAUUUCCAGAACGCCAUCCAAGAGACUGUGUAUAGGUCAGAGAGGACUAAGAACUUGAUCAACGCAAGAGCUACUAAAGUGGUAAAUGUCUCUCGAUCUCAGCCUCUCUUCACCUCUCUGGUUAGUGUCAACGUUCAGAAGGAUCAGCUGAUCAGCCUGUUGCUUCAGGACAGGCUGGCAACCCGUCCUCUUUGCCAUGACAACACAGCAGCAGAUGGCCCCUCCCGCUUCCUCUUCUUGUCCUCUAACCUGCUCAGACAGAAGCCCUUCCCAACAGAGGAGGACAAUGUAAAAUUGAAGCCAAACCUAUCAUCACGAUCCAUCCAUUCUGGAUCCUUUGACCUCUGCAAAAGACAGAGACAAUGGGAAGCCAUUCCCUGACCAAGGAGAGCUCUGAUCAGCUGGAGGUGGUGAAGUUCUUACUGUUUUGAUUUUCUAAUUAAUAUUAUAAUUACUUAAAUAUGUUUGAUUUGAGUUAAGUUCUGUGCAAUAAAACUUUUUAACAACA